UAAGCCAAAGUUUAUAAAUUAUUCAUCUAUAUGUAAAUCACCAUUCGCAUUCCAAAAAUUGCAUUUUUUUCAUUUGUAUUAGGAAAUCUAAGAGAAAAAGGAAAGAAAUUUGAAAAAUGAAUGACACUGAUGUAUCAAAGCAAAUACAGCAAAUGGUCAGAUUCAUACGGCAGGAAGCCGAAGAGAAGGCCAAUGAGAUCUCUGUCUCCGCUGAGGAGGAAUUCCAAAUAGAGAAAUUACAAUUAGUUGAAGCUGAGAAGAAAAAGGUCAGACAAGAGUAUGAACGGAAAACCAAGCAGGUGGAAGUCCGUAAGAAAAUCGAGUAUUCAAUGCAACUAAAUGCAUCACGUAUCAAAGUUCUCCAAGCACAAGAUGAUGUGGUGAGUGGAAUGAAGGAAUCUGCAAGUAAAGCACUAUUAAAGAUUUCUGGUGACAAGAAUAAUUACAAAAAGCUUCUCAAGGGAUUGAUUGUUCAGAGUCUGGUGAGACUCAAGGAGCCAUCAGUGUUGUUGAGGUGCAGGGAGAUGGAUGUUUCAGUUGUUAAAUCAGUUGUAGAGGAUGCAAAAAGAGAGUAUACAGAGAAAGCCAAAGUGCGUACCCCUAAUGUCACCAUUGACAAUGUUCAUCUACCUCCACCUCCAACUCAUUCAGAUCGUCAUCGAGCCUCUUGCUCUGGAGGAGUAGUUCUGGCUUCUGAAGAUGGGAAGAUUGUCUGCGAGAACACUCUGGAUGCGCGACUGGAUGUUGUUUUCAGGCAGAAACUCCCCGAGAUACGUAAACAACUUUUCUCUAAGAUGGGUGCAUGAGGAUGCUCGUACAACAUACUAGCAUAGACUACGUACUCCAGUGGAUGAACUUAAUUCACUCACUUUAUUAAACAGUUGUUACAUUCCUAUGUGCUAGUUCAGUAUAAUGUUUUCAAGAAGAUUGUCUAAGAAUUAUUGAAUAAAGAUAUUUUACUUUCAACUUCA